UCUGCUGUGAGAAGCGACCUGAUUGGCUGGUGUAGACGUCAGACUCGCGCCACUUUGCAGCGCGAUUUGAGAGAGAAGCACGAGCUGUUCUCCGGUGAAACGUUAAAACCGUGAAUUUAAAGUGCGUGGAUAUUUCCCGGUGAAACGUUAAAACCGUGAAUUUAAAGUGCGUGGAUAUUUCCCGGUGACACUAACAGUUUAACUUGACGUGAGCAGCUAUGGCUCGUAAGGAUUACGCAGCAGAGAAAGACAAAUGCAAAAGAUUCCUGCAGGAGUUUUACUCUGAGGAUGACAACGGGAAGAAGGCGUUUAAAUACGGAGCUCAGCUUGUGGCGCUCGCCCACAGGGAGCAGGUGUCCAUCUGUGUGGAUUUGGAUGAUGUUGCCGAGGAGGAUCCCGAUCUGGUGGAGAGCGUCUGUGAGAACGCAAAGCGCUACACGGGUCUGUUCGCCGACGCCAUCCACGAGCUGCUGCCAGAAUACAAAGAAAGAGACAUCGUGGCGAAGGAUUCUUUGGACGUGUACAUCGAGCACAGGCUGAUGAUGGAGCAGAGGGGUCGCGACCCCGCAGACACCCGAGACGCUCGCAACCAAUACCCGCCUGAGCUCAUGAGGAGAUUCGAGCUUUACUUCAAGCCGCCCAGCACCACCAAACCCAAAGUGGUGCGUGACGUUCGAGCAGACAGCAUCGGGAAUCUGGUGACGGUUCGAGGAAUAGUGACCCGGGCCACUGAGGUCAAACCCAUGAUGGCGGUUGCUACGUACACGUGUGACCAGUGCGGUGCAGAGACCUACCAACCAAUCCAGUCCCCCUCCUUCAUGCCCCUCAUCAUGUGUCCCAGCCAAGACUGCGUCACCAACAAGUCCGGAGGUCGCCUCUACCUGCAGACCCGAGGCUCCAAGUUCGUCAAGUUCCAGGAGCUGCGAAUCCAGGAACACAGCGACCAGGUGCCCGUUGGAAACAUCCCACGGAGCAUGUCGGUGUACGCCCGCGGCGAGAACACGCGGCUGGCCCAACCCGGUGACCACGUGGCCAUCACCGGGGUCUUCCUCCCUCUGCUACGCUCAGGAUUCUCACAGGCCGUUCAGGGUCUUCUGUCUGAAACGUACCUCGAGGCUCACAGCAUCACGCUCAUGAACAAGUCGGAGGACGACGAGCUCGGCAACGAUGACCUGAGCGACGACGAGCUGCGCAGCAUCACAG